AUGGCGCCAUCGCCCAGGACCAGCAGCCGGCAAGAUGCGACCGCCCUGCCCAGCAUGUCCUCAACUUUUUGGGCGUUCAUGAUCCUGGCCAGCCUGCUCAUCGCCUACUGCAGUCAGCUGGCUGCCGGCACAUGUGAGAUUGUGACCCUGGACCGGGACAGCAGCCAGCCUCGGAGGACGAUCGCCCGGCAGACGGCUCGCUGUGCCUGCAGGAAGGGGCAGAUCGCGGGCACCACGAGAGCCCGGCCCGCCUGCGUGGACGCUCGAAUCAUCAAGACAAAGCAGUGGUGUGACAUGCUCCCGUGUCUGGAGGGCGAAGGCUGUGACCUGCUGAUCAACCGGUCAGGCUGGACGUGCACACAGCCCGGCGGGCGGAUAAAGACCACCACGGUCUCCUGACAAACGCAGCCCCAGAGGGGCCCCGGGAGUGGCCACACCUCAGCCACGGUCCUCUGUCUGCCGUGGACUCCACCUGUUGUCCGCUCUCUGCCCGCCCUCCGUCUCUCUGUAGCCCGCCCGUCAAGGACGGCCCACUUCCUUGGCGUCCUGAGCUGAGCGUGUCCGCCACAGCGAGGAGUCUGGCCUGGGCCACACAGCGGGGGCCACGCUGGGCAUCUGUGGCAGCCUGGCUUCACCCGCCCUCCCUGGCCGCGGCCUGGGCUGUGCUCUCCGAGGAGGACGAGGUGGCAGCCACAGGGGCGACCACCCAGCCAGCCCGGGAGAGGAGGACAGCGCCGGGCCCAGGGGAGCACGGGCCCUCGGGCUCAGAAGAGGCCUCUCCUCGCCCCCCAGACUGUGCGAAUCACUUUUAUUUUCGUACCCUUUCAGUAUACCCAAUAGACCAAAGAGCAAAAUCUAUUUUAACUUGGACUCGCCCUCACCGUCAGAGUCCCUGGGUUCGCCGGGGGGACGCGGGGGCAGAGACAUGCCGGCGGCCCCGGUGGGACGCGGAGGGCGGCCCCAGCACAGGUGUCACCACCACGAACACUGCGGGGCGCACUGAGAGGGGCCGAGCCUGCGGAGGACACCACGGCAGCCCUGCAGGGCCCGGCCAGUGAUGCCCCCACGCGGACCCCGCGGGCCAGCGCCGCUCGCCGGGAACACAGACCACCGCACACACCCUGCUCCUCUGUACUUAGAUGGACUUGACCGACUAAAAUCACUUUCUGUUUUAACCAGUUAAACAUGCCUCUCUACAGCUCAUUUCUGAUAGUGGGAUAAUCCAGUAUUCGCCAAGAGCAUGUUGGGUCUCCCGUGACUGCUGUCUGCUCGACACACCAUUUAGCUCCAGAAAGCAAAUUAAAGAAACCUAAAGUAACACUUGUUUGGAAGAGAUCAUUAAAUGUAUUUUGC